AUGCAUCUCAAUACAGCUAAAAGAGUUUUGAGAUAUGUGAAGGGUAUAGUUGAUUAUGGUGUGUUUUACAAAAAGGAUAUUGAUGUUAAUUUUGUUGGGUAUACGGAUAGUAAUUAUGUAGGGGACAUUGAUGAUCGUAAGAGCACUUCUGGUUAUGUGUUCAUGUUUAAUUCAAGUGCAAUAUCAUGGUUGUCAAAGAAGCAGCAAAUAGUAACAGUUUCCACAACUGGGGUUGAAUUUGUGGCAGCAACUUCAAGUGCGAGUCAAGCAUUGUGGCUUAGAAAUAUAUUCAAAAUACUUAAAGCUGAGCAAAAAGGUCCAACAAUCAUAAAUUGUGAUAAUAUGUCAACUAUCAAGCUGUUAAGAAAUCCAGUGAUGCAUGGGAGAAGCAAACAUAUUAAUGUUCAUUUUCAUUUUUUUCAGGCAUCUAUGCAGGGAAAAGAAGAGGGAGUUGUAAUUCUGUAG